AUGACCUUUCUUCUUCGAGCGAGUGACGAUUAUGAUUACAAGGCUGUGAACUCUCUCUUCUUCAGUCGUAGAAAUGCCAGCAAGUCUUCAAUCGUGAAGGAAGCGUUGUCUUUGGUGCGUCGGGGGCUCUUGUUUAUUUGUCGCUCGCAGGUGCUGGAAGAAAAACGUGUGUGGAACGAUCCGCUCUACGAAAAGAGAAAAGCUGAGGGUAUGCUUGCAGAGGCCAUGCGUCGCUUACGGGGUAGUGAGGAAGGGAAAAGCAUUAAGAAGGAGGGUCGUGCUGUUGAUGGUGACGGCGAGAGUGUUGCUCGUAAUAGGCACAGAGAAGGGCCUAGAAAUGCAGGAGGUAGUAACAGUAUCAGUGAUGAAGAACUAGACGAAGAGGAAGAAGACGACGACGACGACGAAGAUGCUGCAGCAGUGCGGAGGAAACGCAGAUAUUUGAAUGAGGCAGCCGCAUUAGUUGCCGCUCAAAAGGAAAAGGAUGCCAAAAAGAAGAAUGAGUCAUUUGGGUGGAAUGUUUUUAACGAAGAUGCUCUCUACAGAGCGCACAAAAAAAGACAGGGAGAAGUCGUGUUCAGAGAGCAGGACUAUCUGCAGCAAAAAGCAGUUCUGGGGGAUGCUUUCUACGACCCAACUUCUGCUCUUAUCGAGUUCAAGCCCUCUGAAGCCGCGAAGCAGCGACUUGUUGACAGCGUUUUGAAUGCUCAGAAGCGAAGAAAGAACUUCAGCAGAAGAAGAAUCUUCAACGAGGACGACAACGUUACUUACAUAAACGAACGAAACAGAAUAUACAACGAGAAAAUCGAGCGAGCCUUCGGUGCCAACACUCUACAAAUCCGCCAAAAUCUCGAAAGAGGAACUGCGCUCUAA